UGCAGCUCCAGGGUGACCCUCUUCCUGUGUCUCAUGGCCUGGCUGAGCCUCCAAGUCCAGCCAGACCCCGCGUUUGAAGGGGAUAUCCUGACUCUGUGAUGCUGAGCAAGGAGGAACGCAGCACUGUCCCAGGUGAGAUUCUACAGGGACGGAAAAUUCCUCCGUCUCUCUAAGGACAACCAGCCUCUGUCCAUGGGAACAGCAACAGCGAACAGCAGUGGCCGGUACAGCUGCACUGGACAGGUGACGUACAUCCCAUAUGUGGGCAGACGAACCUCAAGGACUGUCAUGGCUCAAGUCCAAGGGCGCGGGGCAGGGCCUGGGAUGUGCCGAAGCUCAGACCUCCCCUCAGACUCCAGGGGCCUCGCUGUCCAGCACUCCCCUCCAGAGCCCCGGGCUGCCUCUUCCCAGAGCCGUCCUGCCUCCUGUGCUGAGAGCCCACCCCUCUCGUGAGCUCCGUGGGGGGAGCCAGAGGUCCGCCCGGCAGCUCCUCUUCUCCUUCCACACGGAGGGCCACACCCUGCAGGACAGGGGCCUGCAUCCAGAGCUCUGCAUCCCAGCAGCCGAGGAGGGAGACUCCGGGCUUUACUGGUGCGAGGCGGCCCUUGGGGGUGGCUGGGUCCAGAAGCAGAGCCCCCAGCUGGAGGUCAGGGUGUGGGGUAAGGGGAGUACGGGCAGACACUCCCCAGGGGCCUGGGCAGUGGGGCCCCCUGGGAAUGUGGGGAGGGGUCCCUAAGGGAGGAGCCUGGGGGGUCCCGCUGACCCUUCCAGCUGUGUGCUGCCCCGGUUCCUGCGUCCUGUCCUCUGCUCACCUUGAG